CCAUCAGCUGGAUUAGCAAUCACAAAGAUAUGAAAAUUAAGGCCGACACGUGGCAUGUGAAUGGAAAACGGCAAAUAGAUGUGCCUUUUAGCGAAAAGCUGGAAUUUAGUUCUGACGCACACCCCACUACGCUGACAAUCAGGUGUUUCUUUACCGAGGAAUACACAAAUCGAACAAUUAGCAAACGGCAGAGGAUAACGGUAUACAAAAACAAGUACGUUGUGACGAAGGAAAAUAGAAGGCUCACGUAUCAUCAGGGAUCACCAUUCACCGCCAGAUUGAAAGUCACUUAUAACAAUGAUGAACCAGCAAAACUUGUUACCUUGCUUGUUGCAGUUCAAGGUGUAAAUGAAACAUAUCGACAAAAUUGCACAGGUAAUAGGAAGGGUUUAAUUACAUUCUCAAUGCCCACAAACAAUUCUACGAAACUAAAUUCCUUAAAAGUGUAUGACGGCGAUCAAGAGAUCGAUAGAUGGAAUAUUUACAACGUUCCUAGCGCUGAUUUACUUGCAGAUAAAUACAUCAAAGUAGAAUUACUAACACGCGUCAAAUUUAACCGAAUGAUAAGGUUAUUAAUCACUUGCUCGGAUAACAUGACCAUUCUUCUGUACCACGUUUUCACAAAAGGAAACAUUGUUGAGUUUGGUUCUUUUAAACCAAACCAAACGAACAGAUACUCAUUCCAACUGUUGAUGUCUGAUAAGCUUAUCCCUCGAUCGAGAAUUUUUGUUGCCACUAUUGUGCGCAAAUCAUUUAUAUGCGGAGACGUGGAACUAUCUAUCAACGACUUUGGUAACCCGCUCAAAAUAAAUAUCGAAGAAAACAUCAGCGAAGAUGGCGUUGAUCCCGGGGAUGAAAUUGAGUUAGGCAUUCGCGGUCGUCCAGGAGCGUUCGUAGCAUUGACAGCGUAUGACCAACGUUUGCUGCAGCACGGGAAGGAUCAUGACAUCUUGUUUGCAGAUGUAUGGGAAUCGUUGUAUAUGCUUCAUCCUUCAACUACUUACAAUAUUCGGCGUGAACUGGUCACUGAAUUAUUUACAAUCAUUACUGAUGCUACAACUUCAGUUCUAGGCAAGUGCAAUCGAUAG